CUUGUAUAUGUAUACGGCCGUGCCCAAAGUUGAAAAGCACACUUCCGAAGAAUUUUCUGAUUUUACUAUAUAUUUUAACAAGGAUUGUGCGACGACUAUAGCUUUUCAUGUGCCUGUCUAAGCAAACACAGAAUAUACUGCAUAUGCAUUACGUAUUUAGCAACCAAAGACAAAUGGUGGGAGGUUCCUUCCUCUUCGUUUCCCCUUAACCAUAGUGAGCCAAUGUUACACACGAGUAUACACAUAACUCAUGCGCCAGUGCGACUGCUGGUAUAAACGACUGCGACGAAUCCCUUUAAAUAACUUUUACAUUUACGCUAAAAAACAGAUACAUCAAUGCAUCUUUCUUGAUAAAUAAGAACGUAAAGAUGUCAGGUGAAGAAUAUGACACCGAAAUGGAUUACUCCGACUCAGACUGCGGAGAUCCAGGUUAUGAAGAUUAUUAUAAUGUUCAACCAUGGGACGGCGAAGGUGAUAACGACAUAGAUUUUGAUCAUAGCAGAAGAGAUCCAGAAUAUGCGGUAUACGAUUGUUUAAGAAUCGAAGAAGUGGAAAGACUUUUGAACGAAGAUGUAGAAGUGUUAAGUAAUAGUCUUCGCAUAACACCAUCCUUAGCCAAAGUUUUAUUACACGCGCACAAUUGGGCAUUACAAGAUAUCGUCGCAAAAUACCGUACCAAUGCUUCCAGUUUAUUAAUUAAUUCGAAAAUAAAAUCGUUACCUCUGUUGGAUUCAGUGCCAGGGUUAAAGAGUCAAAGAGGUGGAUUGUGUUCAGUUUGCGUUACGAUUUAUCCUGCUGAUAAAUUUUCUACGUUAACGUGUGGACAUUCUUUCUGCAAAGACUGUUGGUGCAUGCAUUUCGAAGUACAAAUAACUCAAGGUAUUUCUACAGGAAUAAGCUGCAUGGCGCAGGAUUGUAACGUCCUAGCUCCAGAAGAUUUUGUUUUAUCUUUACUUACUAAGCCUAACAUGAGGGAAAGGUAUCAACAGUUUGCUUUUUGCGAUUAUGUGAAAUCUCAUCCGCAACUAAGGUUCUGUCCAGGUCCCAAUUGUCAAAUGGUUAUGCAUUCGAAAGAACAACGGGCAAAAAGAGUUAUGUGUUCAUCGUGUAAAAGUAUAUUUUGUUUCCGUUGCGGUACAGAUUACCAUGCACCUACCGAUUGUAAUACGAUUAAAAAAUGGCUGAUAAAAUGCGCGGACGAUUCAGAGACAGCUAAUUAUAUCAGUGCUCACACCAAAGAUUGUCCAAAAUGUCAUAUUUGCAUAGAAAAAAAUGGUGGUUGCAAUCAUAUGCAAUGUUACAAUUGCAAAUAUGAUUUUUGUUGGAUAUGCCUUGGGGAUUGGAGAACACACGGAAGUGAAUAUUACGAAUGUUCGCGUUACAAAGAAAAUCCUAACAUCGCUCAUGAGAGUGUUUUAGCACAAGCGCGAGAAGCUCUUAAAAAGUAUCUUCAUUAUUAUGAAAGGUGGGAAAAUCACAGUAAAUCGUUAAAAUUGGAAGAACAAACGCUCGAAGCCAUAAAGAUGCGAAUAAACAAAAAAGUAAUGAAUUCCAGUGGAACCUGGAUCGAUUGGCAGCACUUAUUCGCAGCCGCGUCACUUUUAGCGCGCUGUCGUUACACUUUACAAUACACGUAUCCUUACGCGUAUUACAUGGAACCUGGACCUCGUAAAGAACUGUUCGAAUAUCAACAAGCUCAGCUGGAAGCCGAAAUAGAAAAUCUUUCUUGGAAAAUAGAACAUGCAGAAACAACGGAUCGUGGAGAUUUGGAGAAUCAAAUGGACAUUGCUGAAAAGCGUCGUGUUACCUUGCUAAAGGAUUUCCUCGAGAAUGCUUUCAGUUGACGGUGUUUUAGAGACGUAGAAAAAGGAAAGAUAACAGGUUGAAACGUUUAGUUACGAUUAAUUCCAGAGUACGAAAUAAUUUCAGGCAAUUCAUCUGAAUGAAAUUAUUUUCGAAUUGUGAAUUUUAUCAAGUAACAAUUUUUUUUCUAUUUCUACAAGAAGUAACGUUUAGAUAGAAGAAACUCAAAACCUCUACAUUUCCAAUGCUUUAAAUGAGCUUCGAUCCAUUGAAUUGUUUAUGUAACAUUACAUAAACGAAGAAUUACGUAGGUACAUUAUUAGGCGAAAGAGUACCGUUAAGGAGAAAAGAAUAGGAAAGUAUUAAUUGUAUUGACUGAUUGUUAAAAUUUGAUAUAGAAUGUAUGUAUAUUAAUUUCCUAGUCUAAGAAUGUUUCCAUAAAUAUUAUAUAAUUAUAAUGCUUUCUAUAAAAUUUAUGUUUAGAAACUAUUUUUAUUGAUACUUAUCGCAAAUUCCGCAGGAAAUAUCAUCAAACGACUUUGAAUGUAAAGUUCAUACAAUUUUGUUUUUCCUAAUUAUUACUACUGUUAAAAAAAAAAAAAAAAAAAAUAUUUUAGUAU